AGAUAUUAUAUCUGGAUAUUGUAAAGACCAAUCGUGAACAUGGGCAUUUUUAUUCCGAUUUCCGUCGUCUUAUGUUUACAGGGAAUAAGAGUCACCACGUCAAGGUCCUUGAAUUUUGAGCUGUCGUUGUCGGACGGGAGUUAUACAUUGGGGACACGCAACACAGCGUUUCUGAAGUCAUCAGAUACCUUCUUUAGGGCAGACAAGACCAUUUACUCUUUGGGGGACGGGAGCUUAAAGCUCACCUCCCAACAGUUGUCCACCGGAAGUGACGCACAUGGGGACUACGAUGUGAUCACGAAUUAUUACACUGCUGGCAAUGCCAACGUAUCAACUUCAUUUAUCAUAUACCAAAAUGUUGACGUAGUGGUAUUCAACCAGACGUAUCACAAUGGAGCCAAUGGAACCAAAGCAAGCACGUUUGACCAGACCAUUUCCGGAUUCCCGAGUGCUCGAGUUGAAAGUUACGACACAGAUCUUGGCUAUCUGUCUUUCGAUGGUUUCAUGGCAGGAGACACAAAGAAGCACAUUGGACGGUGGGAUUCUCAGACGGACGCCAUUGGAGACGGGCUGAAGGGAGGACCUCUGGCAGUGUUUGACGAACAAGGUCGGACAUUUCUCCUCUCAACAUUUUCUGGAUUUAUGGCGUCGUCUGCUUGGCAUGAUGCUGACAAAGGUGGAGCUGUUUUCUGGGGAAUUAUGGGAGGUGUUGAUGAAGUUCCGGCGAACUACACUUACAGUACCAUCAUUUACUACGCAGAAGGGAUAAAUAAGGCUUUUAGGGGUUGGGGCGAAUUUCUUCAGAAACAAUAUGGAGAAAAAGAAUGGAAUACUUGGGAAGACAGUACUUUAAUUUUCCUUGGAUACUGGACAGACAAUGGGGGAUACUACUACUUUCACACGGAACCCAAUAAAACGUACGAGCAGACGAUGACUGAUUUGAUUAAGCAGGAGGUGACAAUGGCGGGUCUACCCAUCGGGUACGUUCAGUAUGAUUCUUGGUGGUAUUACACCGGAACCGGAAAUGGCAUCAAAACCUGGGAUACAAGACCGGAUGUAUUUCCCGACGGACUGGAAUACAUGUUUAAGACAACGAACAUGCCAGUCGCACUCCACAGUAAAUAUUGGUCAAUAGACAAUACAUACGCAAAACAAAAUGGCGGGAAAUAUGAUUUCAUUAUCGACGGUAUUGGCGCCCUACCUUUACAAGCAGAGUUUUGGGAAGACCUGUUCAAUAAUGCAUCAAAGUGGGGGAUGUUCAUGUAUGAACAAGAUUGGCUAAACGGGGAGCUGGACAGGGUGGAUAAACUUAAGACGGACCUGUUCCUGGGAGAGCAAUGGCUGACACAGAUGCACGCCGCCGCCGCCAAACAGUACAACUCCAUUCAGUACUGCAUGGCUAACCCUCGUCACGUGAUGCAAGCUCUGACCCUUCCCUGGGUCACACAGGCUAGGGUUAGCGAGGACUAUCACCCGGGCGGCGACCAGUGGAGGAUUGGUGUGACGUCACUGUUUGUGGGCGCCCUCGGGAUGCGACCAUCUAAAGACACCUUCUGGACAGUCAGAACCCAACCAGGAGACCCACCCGGUAGGACCGAGCCGUACAGUGGACUGAAUGCCGCGGUGGCCACUCUGUCCAUGGGGCCUGUGGGGCCGAGUGAUAGGGUCGGGGCCGUCAACGUGUCUCUACUGAUGCGCUGCUGUGGGGAGUAUGGGCACAUCUAUAAGCCAGACAGACCCAUAUCUGCAACAGAUCUCCAAAUCAAACAGAAAGCCUUUUCAGACAUAGAUAUGGAGGUGUGGUGGACCCAUACCACAAUCCGCGUCAACAGUACGGUCAUCGACGUCAACUGGACGUGGGGCGUGGUCCUAGCCGUGGACACGCCCACCGAUCUUGUUCUACACAAGGCAGAUCUAGAUUUUAUGAGUUCCGUUGUGAGACACAAUUGUGUCUGCAACUUGUCCUCGAUGGCGUCUCAUCAACACGGCAUCGACAAUAGCAUAUCCACACCGAAAACCAGGAUUGAGGGGAUCCCAGAUUUUGGGUGGCGAGUCAACCUGAAUUAUGAAUGUGGCAUCAAAUGUAAACCCUUUACACAGCCUCGGUUCAGCCAGGUCAUCGGAUUUAUUGGACUAGGGAUAAGAUAUGCAAAAGAAUGGUGGAAGAGACGGCGCCAGGGCCGAAAGAUGUUUAUAGAUCACAUGGAUCAGCUGUUUCACAAGGCAAUAUAUGGGGCUCCCAUAGGGGGAAUUGGAUGUGGGACGAUGGGGAGAGGCUACCGAGGGGAGUUUGCCAGGUUUCAGAUGGUACCAGGGAUUUACGAUCACACAGUGAUCCAAGCCAACCAGUUUAUUCUGUGCAUCAGGAAGAAUGGUCAGACAGUAUAUCAGAAGGUCCUGACGGGUCAGCGGGAGAGCUCCAAGUCCCUGAGAUCCUGGGAGUGGCAGGCCCCCGGGGAGGGGGAUGUCUACCAUGCUCUCUACCCCCGGUCAUGGACAGUUUACCAUCUGGAUGAGUUCAACCUACGCCUGAUCUGUAGACAGGUUUCACCUAUAUUCCCACAUGACUACAAGGACACAAGUUUUCCCAUGGCAACCUUUAUAUGGACAGCUGAAAACAAUGGCACUGAACCUUUAGAUGUCAGUAUCAUGUUCACAUUUAAAAAUGGGCGUGGAGUGAAGGAUGAUGGGAACGGGGGUUGUCAUAACCACGUGUUUGAUGAGAACUCGGAGGGACGGCAAGUGUCGGGCGUCUCAAUCAAUCACAACAUUCAGGACAUGAAGUGUACUUACUGUAUAGGAGGGGUUCACAAGGAUGAUGUUUCUGUGACCUGUAAGGAAUAUUUUGACCCCCGGGGGACGGGACAGGAAGUCUGGGAGGACCUUAAAGAGGAUGGACAGCUGAACACUGAGGGGGGUAAGACGACCUGUACAGGUAAAGGUGAGGAGAGUGCAGCAGCAGUCUCUGUCAAGGCCAAUCUUCCACCAAAACAGUCCAAAGACCUUGAGUUCACCUUGACCUGGGACAUGCCAAUCAUCCACUUCAAGGCCAAAGAAAGAUUCUAUGCAAGGCGAUACUCGCGCUGGUUUGGGUUGGAUGGAGAGGCAGGACCAAGGAUGUCUAGUUAUGCUGCCGCUAAUUACAGCGCAUGGGAACAGAAAAUAGAGGAAUGGCAGAAACCAGUCCUACAGAACAAAAAUCUGCCUGCCUGGUACAAGUCGGCUCUGUUCAAUGAGUUGUAUUACGUCAGUGAUGGGGGCACAGUGUGGAUUGACCCCGUGGAGGGACAAGGAGGGAAACUGGUCCGGGUCACUGACCCCAAGGAUCCCCCAAUCGUCCAGGAGUUCAGCAGAUUCGGAUAUCUGGAAGGCCAUGAGUACAGAAUGUACAAUACCUAUGAUGUUCACCAUUACGCCUCCUUCUCCCUCAUCAUGCUGUGGCCCAAACUACAAAUCUCAUUACAGUAUGACAUUGCAACAGCAGUAGAAUCGGAAGAUUCAACUCGAAUCAAAUUCUUGACCAGCGGAGAAGUAGGAAUUAGAAAGAGAUUACAUGCCGUUCCUCAUGACAUGGGUGAUCCUGAGGACGAGCCAUGGAAUCGUGUCAACUGUUACGUAAUACACCCGACCUGUAACUGGAAGGACCUCAACAUGAAGUUUGUACUGCAGACUUAUAGAGACUACUCCGCGACAAAGGACGACGCCUACCUCCAACACAUGUACCCUGUGGCUAAGUAUGUUAUGGAGACAGCCAAGAAAUGGGAUGUAGACGAUGACGGAAUCAUUGACAAUGGUGGAUUUGCUGAUCAGACGUUCGAUGCCUGGACAAUGACAGGAGCAAGUGCCUACUGUGGUGGAAUGUGGCUGGCCGCUCUACGUAUGAUGAUAGAGAUGGCCACCAUUCUAAAGAAAGAGGACGAUGUUCUCCAUUACAAAGAGAUUCUGGACAAAGGCAAGGUCUCUUACCAAAACAAACUCUGGAAUGGUUCCUACUAUAACUAUGACUGUAGUUCAGGCGGUCACCAUGACAGCAUCAUGGCGGAUCAGCUAGCUGGCCACUGGUUCCUGAAAGCAUCGGGGCUGCAGGAUGAUGAUAUAUUUCCUCCAGAUCGUGUGAAAUCCUCGCUAAAAAAGAUCUUCGAGAACAAUGUGAUGAUGUUUGAAGGCGGGAACAUGGGGGCCAUUAAUGGAACACGUCCUGACGGGAGCAAAGACAUCAGCAGCUGCCAGUCUGAGGAAUUCUGGGUAGGGGUCACUUAUGGGUUGGCUGCCAACAUGAUUCAAGAGGGUUUAUUGGAUCAGGCCUUUCAGACUGCCUGGGGGGCCUACCACGUGUGCUGGGAGUGGUACGGGCUAGCCUUCCAGACUCCCGAGGCCUACAUGACGGACAACAUCUACCGCUCACUUGGCUACAUGCGGCCCCUGGCCAUCUGGUCCAUGCAGUGGGCCCUGGAGAAGUUUCACCAAGACUUGAUGUCCAGUUGAUGCCUUGACGUUCUGACACUUUGUGAUACAUAUCUGGAUUUAAAUGCAUCCUUUCACAUUCAUACAUAUUGGGUAACAUUAGAAGAAAAAAAAGAAGGGAAUUUUAUGGUUUUAAGGGGAAAGCCCUGAGAAUUUAAGUUAUGGAAAUCCAGCUCAUUCAAACUCAUUCCAUGUUUAUAGAUCCAAGCAGGCAAACACACACUUCUCUCACUACAAAGGUCAUGUGAUCUGUUUUUUGUGUUCACUUCUGUGUUAUUUACGUUCAACUUAAGAAUUGCGUUUUCAAAUUUUUGUAUCCUUUAUUAGAAAGAUGUCAUAUUGUGAUAAGAAUUUGUGCUAGAUAUGGUAUCUUAUGUGCAAUAUUAAACAUGUUUAAGUCCCUUCUUUUGUUAAAAAUAUAUUAAUAUUUUCUUAAUUCAUUGGAAUUUUUUUUUAAGACUUUCAUUCUUUAGAAGAGCUUUUAUGAAGGACAGUAUACUCACUUUGUGAGAUCCUCAGUGCACACAUUUCAAAGUGCAGUGUGAAAAAUCAAUUUAAUUGAAAAACUUUCAUUGAACAUCAAUGAGUGUUCUAAAGACUUUUUAUUAAGUACUCCACGGAGAGGAUGUCUGUUUAAAAGAUUUUGCAUAAUCUUCUGUCAGUUUUAAAGUCCCAGAUGUACAUGUAUAAAAAUUAUGUCAGCUUUGUCCUACAUGUACCUUAAUUACAGCCAGCCAAUCAAAGUCAGAAUGUAAGAGAUUUUUGAUAAUGGAACAAAACAAAUUUUAUGAUCUGUCAGAAACGUGAUAGAUUGUGCAUCUAUGUUUGUUAGUUUAAGUACAUUUGUAAUAAUAUUACUUAUUUGAAAUUUAAUUUGAUGUUUUUUAAUGCCUGUUAAGAGGAACCUUCUAUGAUAGAAUAAAUAAAAAAAGCAUUCAUUUUUAGGUCACUCAAGUGACCUGUUGCAUUGGUCUUUGUCAGUGUGUGUUUUGUGGCAUAUGUGAACAAUUUAACAUUUUUAACUUCUUGAAAACUUCAAAACCAAUUGUUUACAUUUUCUGUUAGAAGCAUCUCAAGGAGAAAAGGAAUCUAACUUGUGAAAAUUAUGACUUUACCUUCCACAGAGCCUCAUGGACAGGGCCAAAUAUGCUAAAAUGCAAUCAAUAUUCCAAAGUUAUCUCCUCUACUCCCACUCAUUUUGGGAAAAAAACUAAAUGCAUGGUUAUAAAGUCCAUGAAGCCCUCUGCCACAAGUGUAAAAAAAAUCAUGACCCCUGGGUUAGGGGAUCAGGCCCUAGGGUGGGGCCAAUGUGGUCAAAUAGUGAAAUUGCAUUAAAUCUUUGAAAUUCUUUUUUUAUCUACUCCCUUAUAUUACAUGCAUGGCUAUGAAUUCCUCCACCAAAAUUGUGAAAUUCAUGGCCUAUGGAUCAGGGGUUCAGGCCCUAGGGUGGUACCAAUAUGACUUUCAUUUAUAGUAAAUUUUAAAAUGAAAAUAUUGUAUAAUAUUUUAUGUACUUUCAAAGUUAAGUGAGAUAAACAUAAUGCAUUGUUACUAUGCACAUUAUGUCGUCUUCUUUAAUUGUAAAAUUCACAACCCAUGGAGAAAGGGUUGAGGUUUUUUAUUUGGGGGAAUUGGAGUGAUUAUGGUCAUUUAGUGAACAUUUAUUUAUUUUUAGGUCAUUUGAGUCUAUUUGACAACCUAUUGUCACCUGUCAUGUGUUGUCCAUUUACAAUUUCACAUUUUAAACUUCAUCUUGAAAGCUUUUCCUGUGCAUUAUAUGCCUGUAGCAAUACACUGUAUACAUGUUGUGUGCAUUAUGUAUGAAACAGUGAAUAUUACAAAAGAUUGGCCUGCAAGUCUAUUUUUACCAAAAGUUUACAAUUUUCCUCCCUGAAGCUAGGGUAUAAAUAAAUAAUCCAAGAACCCCCCCCCCCCCCAAUUGGGAGUAAGAGUCAGAGAAAGUGUAGUAUAAGAUCAGGGGUUUGAAUCCAAAUUGAAGCUUAAAAUGCAAUCAUGGGACUCCCUGACAGGUCCAUCUGGGGGUUGCGUUACACAGCUGACUGCCCAGGCCCGUGGGCCCCUUGUUUUAGUUCUCCUCCAAAUACUUGUGCACUUUUUAUUUUUAUGGCAUAAUAACACUUGGUACAUGUAGAUGAACCAACGCCCUUCUGAAUUGAUUAAAGAGGAAAAGUUUACCUCAUCUCUUUUCUACAGAGCUUUAGUUCAACAGCUGAGUUAAAUAUCACUGAUUUGUAAAUUUUUACAUCAUUUUAUUUCCAUAUUAUGACAAAUGUAGUUCUUGUGAGCAGUGACAUAAAUAAAUCUAAAGGGUGAUUAUUUAGGUCUCUUCUCUGAGAUUUCAUUUUGAAUCCAUCAGAGUGCAAUGUAGUUGUUUAUAUCACAUUUCAAAUUAUAUACCAUGUUACCAAGGUAUAUACAUGUAUUAAAUUGCAUUAAAUGUUUACUAUAUUGAACCACAUGAUUUUUAUUUAUAAGCACAUUAAACACUUCUUAAUUUG